AUGCUGAGCUUACUUUAUGUGUUGUGGCUCAUGCUGAUGAAUAUUUUUUUUCAGUAUGACUGGCAUAGGAAGAAGAUUUUAAGCGAGUUGGGGAAUUAUAACGUCAAAUUGGUGAAGAGAAAAAGUCGUAUUUUAUCAGACAGCAAGACAGGUCGAAUAAACUUUUUGGAUGAAAUUAAAGAAAGCUAUCGACCGUUGUUUGACGUGUACGAGUUGUCGGCCAAAUUUGAAAAAUUAAGAAAUACCAAGGAGAAAGAGGAAGAAAAAAGAGGACGACAAAAACAAAAACAAAAAAAAAAAAAAAAAAAAAAAAAAAAAAAUGACCAUAUAGAAGAGGAGGAACAGGACAAAAAGACGCCCUCCUUAAACCUAAUCCAAUUGUCUUCUACACAAUCUGAUGAGACUGAACAUAUUAAAAAAAGAAUUUCCAAACCAUUCCCAAUUGCUCUAGCACACAGGAGAAAACCAAUUAGCAUAAAGAAACAUGCUGCUGAUUCAAUACACAUGUUGAAUGAUGGGAAGUCGGAUAAAGAAGGAGAUGCACGAAUGAAUGUGAAUAAUGACGCAGAUGUAUUUACCAAAUUAGUUAACGAAGGAAAUAUAGAAGACUUCGGUAAGUUGGGGGAAGACGAACAGGGGGAAACGAAGGAAAGAAACCUGAAGAGUCAAUCUUUCCAGGGUGAUGAUACGGAAGAAGUGAAUUCGGUCGUUAAGGAGGGGCGACAUUCCAAUGAGAGGAAGAGGGAGGAUAAGAACGAUGAUGAAGAUGAUCAAGACGUCGAAGGCAAAGCGGAUCAGGAAACGAUUCAAAAAACGGAUCAGAGAGCAGAGCAGGAAGCCAAUCAGAGAGCAGUGCAGGAAACCAAUCAGAGAGAAGAGCAGGAAGCCAAUCAGAGAGAAGAGCAGGAAGCCAAUCAGAGAGAAGAGCAGGAAGCUGAUGAGGAAUCCAAUCAGAGAGCAGAGCAGGAAGCCAAUCAGAGAGAAGAGCAGGAAGCUGAUGAGGAAUCCAAUCAGAGAGCAGAGCAGGAAGCUGAUGAGGAAUCCAAUCAGAGAGCAGAGCAGGAAGCUGAUGAGGAAGCCGAUCAGGAGGCGGAAUACGAACUAAAAGAAGGAGAAAACGUCGCACAACAGGAUAUCAUAGUACAAGAAUUUGAUCACUACAAAAUCGUCACAAACUCUCAUGAUAUCCUUAACGACAUCUAUGUUGAUGCAUCAGAUAUUUCGAAACUGAGCAUUGGAAGCAUAAAUAUAGCUUACAGCGAACAGAACAAAACUUCCUUCACGCACCAGAGACACAUAGUUUUAAAUAACAGGGGAAAUAAAAAAUAUAGAGUUGUUUUGAUGACAAAGAAUCCCAAAUUUACCGAAUUGGAAGAUGAAGAAAGUGAAAACGCUGCGACCAAUACAUUCAUUGAGAAAGAGAAGGUGGAAAGGAAAAAGACAUCAGAUGGUCAUGGUGAAGAAGAUAACGACCGAACUAAUUUGUAUGGGGGGAAAGGUACACUCGAUUUUAGUAAGGCUUAUCGGAACAAUAGGAAGGGUAGCGGUAGACAGGUGGGAAAUCCCAAUGUGGAAAUGUACAGCGCUGGUGAUACCAGUGGGGGUGGCAUAAGGGGAACGAUAAACCGGCUCUUCAGCUUUUUAUCCUUUAAGGGGAAUCCAGAUGAAUCUGCCAGUGGUACGGAUCCAUCGAAGGACAGUGGCGGAAGGAGUGGAGACAAUGAGGAUCAAAAGGGAAACGCUAACGAAGGAGGUAACCGCCAUGGUUCCAUCCCCCAGGAUGAUCGUACGCAUGACUUGAACGAAAUUUUGAGUGUCGACAAGCUGGUGGACCAGUACCUGUUAAACCUGAAAAACAACACGCCCGACAAGCAAGAGCUAAUAUUGGUUUUGAGAGGAGAUUUGGAUUUGCAUUCACCAUACAUGAAAUUGGUUAUUAAAAGAAGUAACGCGAAAUUUGAGCAACACAUAAAGAGAAAUUUCGAGCAAAUAGACAAAAUAGUUUAUGAUAUUUCAUCGCCCAUAAACUUUCUGUGUUUCUUUGUGCCAACGAUUUUUGACAUGAACAACUUUCACUUGUUGAAGGAGGCGCUGAUGGUGUUGCACAAGGAGUUGGAGAGAUACAUGGAGAACUGGAGCUUCUCCAAUACGUACGUAACCUUGGACGCGCCACAAAUUCAGGGCGAUGGUAGUGGUGCUUCGGCGGAUUGGAGAAAUGAUAGUCAGAAGAAGGAUGCACCCGUUGAGGGCGGUGCAGGAAGCCAAGCAGAUCAUCAUGGAAAUGAUCACGCGGAAGGAUCCCAAUACAGGAAGGGAAGAAAAUUCAUCAAGAAGAAAAAAAAAUUGUACAACGGUAAGUACUCAUUUCUACGCAAAAUCUGGAGCUUCGACACAAUCAGUGCAUUCGCUGCAAAAAUGAAGAAGAAAAACACGGAUAUAGAAAAUGAAAUUCUAAACUUCCUACCCAAGGAGUUGAGGGAGUAUUCUACGUGGAAUCUGUCCGUCAUCCGGGUAUUCAAUGCGUGGUUUCUAGCAGGCUAUGGAAACAAAAAUGUGAAAGUGUGUAUAAUAGACUCUGGAAUCGAUAAGAAUCACGUAGAUCUAAUGAAAAAUGUUUACAUCCCUGAAUAUUCUGAACAAUACGAAAUGACGGAAGAUUUUUACGACUUUAUGGUGAAAAAUCCAACAGACUCCUCUGGGCAUGGGACACAUGUUACAGGAAUUGUCGGUGGAGUAGCCAAUGGUUUAGGCAUGGUUGGUGUAGCACCCGAUGUUACUUUAAUAUCCUUACGGUUUAUUGAUGGAGUGAAGUAUGGAGGAAGUUUCCAUGCCAUUAAAGCAAUUAACGUUUGUAUUUUAAAUAAAACCCCCAUCAUCAAUGCCAGUUGGGGAUCUAACAAAUAUGAUGCCAAUAUUUACCUUGCUGUGCAAAGGCUAAAAUACACCUUUAACGGCAAGGGUACCGUUUUGGUCACUGCUGCUGGUAACGAGAACAAGAACAAUGAUGAGCAUCCCUUAUAUCCCUCCAAUUUUAAGUUACCUCACGUAUACAGCGUUGCCUCUAUCAGCAAGAACUUUGAAAUUUCUCCCUUCUCAAACUACGGAGUGAAAAGCGUGCACAUCAUGGCACCGGGCCACCACAUAUACUCCACGACGCCAAACAAUUCGUACAAAAUAAAUACGGGCACCUCGAUGGCAGCCCCGCAUGUGUGUGGAGUGAAUGCCUUAAUCUACUCAGUGUGUUACAACCAAGGGUUCAUUCCAUCCGCAGAAGAAGUAUUAGAUAUAUUAACUAGGACAGCUAUAAAAAUUAUCUCACGAAGAAGAAGAACAAUUAAUGACAGUUUGGUGAAUGCAGAAGCAGCUGUGCUCACAACAUUGUUAGGAGGGCUGUGGAUGCAGAUGGACUGUCAUUUUGUUAAGUUCAAUUUGGAGAGUGGAAAAAAAAAACACAUCCCCGUUGUAUUUUCAGCAUAUAAAAAAGGAAUAUACGAAACAGACAUUGUUAUAGCAGUUAUAUCUACAGAGGAGAACUCCAAUGUAUAUGGUGAAAUUUUAAUACCUAUAAGAAUAGUAACAGAUCCCAAAGUAGACAAUUUUAAGGAAUCCCCCCGAACUGGGAAAAAAAUGAUAAUAGAUGAGAAUGAAGCAAGUCAUGAUGAAGUACUAUCCUAUAUUUGUGAAAAUGCCUUAUACAAUUUGUAUGAGAUGGAUAGUAAUUUCCUUGUAACUUCCUUAGUUCUAUUCUUUGUAGCGUUUAUUUUGAUGGUCGUCGGAACGAUUAUAUUUAUAAAGAGAAAGCGUCACAGCAAAUACUGCGACGAUGAAGACCAUUAUCACAAUAUCUUGAGGAGCAGUGUCCUCGAACAACACCACAUUUUAGGCAAUACCACAAACCAACAACUUGAAGUAGCCAAACGUAACCAUGCAGAAAAAAUGAGACACAGCGUCCGAUUCAGUCUUCUGAUGGGCAAACAAAACGCAUGUCUCUUCAAGGAAAGGGCAUCCCAAAGGUUAAAUUUCUAG